GCCGAAGCACAAGGUGGCGGUAAUGCACCAGUGACUGGACGGUAGCCGCUGUUAGUAAUAACAGACAGAAGAAGAAAAGGCACAGCGAAAGCCAGGAUGUCUUGUAACAGCAGUGUAACCCAUGUCCAGCUGUCCACGUUGGGCAAAGCUGAACGCACCACAGUGCAUCUCAUGCCGUGUGAGAUUGAACACAAUGGUCCUGCCCAAGUCUCCCAGUACUUUUCAGCUACUACCAAAGAUCACCAACAAGACAAGACCGUGUCCUUCAGGGGGCGUGGCCUGCGGGGGGCGGAGCUCAGCUGCCCGCAGGGAUACACUGGCCUGGUACUGAAGGAGGUGAACCCCAACAGCUCGGACCAGGAGGACAGGACAGUGAAGGUGUCCUCCAUGUUUGACAAGCUGACCUACUGGAACCUGGAAACCCCUCCCAACUCCGAUGACAUGGUUGUCAUGGCGAUGGAUUGGCCUGAACUGGCUGAGGCUAUUCAUGGAGCUGUAGAAGAUUGAUUGGAGACGCCUUCUUCUUCCUCGGUCCCACUGGCAGAAGCACCGGUGCAGGUUAUCCUCCCACUCCAGCAAGCCAGAGAACGGAACGGUCGUCUGUGAAAGGAGCAUUCGAAGCAUGGCACAUCUCCCAAUGACAAACAUUCUUGUGUUACUGCGACACAAAUAACUACACAUAUUUCCUUAUCAUAUAUUUUACCUUUUGGGAGUGAAGGGUAGAUUUAAACGUUUAUUCACAAUAAUAAAAUGAACAUUAACAUA